AUGUCUGGACGCAAGAUUCUGUUUGUAAGUGGCUUCUCACGAGAUGCUCGUGCUAAAGACCUUGCAUAUGAAUUUGAGAGGUAUGGUCGGCUUGUACGGUGCGACAUACCAUCGACUCGGGGCGGAGGCGGCGCAAGUCGCUACGGCUGCCCCGUUCGAUAUCGAUUCGCCUAUUGGCCACUUCGCACGAUUCGAACCUUGCUAUUCGAUACGCAAACUGUUCCGAUCUCGAGUAACCUUCUACGAGCCCCCUUGUACGAUCGUCGAUUCGAUUCAUUUGACCCCGGGCGAGCUUGUGACGCAUGGUUAGAGCACAUUGCUCUCGAGACCAAAGCUCGAGUCGAGGGUGAUCCACCCUACGCAUUUGUCGAAUUUCGAAACGACCGCGACGCAGAAGAUGCCUACCAUUCCAUGCAUGGUCAGAUGAUUGACCGCCAUCGGAUCAGCUGGGCUCGCCGUCCCCCUUCAGCACUAUGGCGUCACGAUGCUCCUCGCCCCCGUGGAGGCCGUGACCGUCGUGAUGACCGAGACAGGGACCGCGAUCGUCGUGACCGUGACCGCUCUCGUUCUCGGAGCCCCCGCCGCGACGACAAGGACAAGGAGAGGGAUAGGGAUACCCGUCGCCGGAGCCGAACUCGCUCUCGUUCUCGCGAUAGGCGUGACCGUGAGCGUGAUGAGGAGCGCGAUGAACCAAGGACUCGAGAAGACCGUGAUGAUGUUGACGAGCGUGAAGAUCGCCACCGCCGCAGCCUCUCCCGCGAACCCAAUGGUGUGGUUCCAGUUAAAACGGAGCCUGAUAACAUCAAGAAGGAGCCCGAGCCCGUCGCCGAGGAAGACAAGUAG